AUUAGACGUCCAUCCCGUUUGACUAGUAUUGUUCAAAUAACUUAGUCGAUAGCUUAGGAAGAGAGAUUAAUAGCUGUUAUAACAAGUUAAACUGACGCGAUGUUAAGGUUUAUUACAGUCUCUGCCGGAUAGUUUAAACUGUCAAUAAUCAGGACUAGAGCGGUUUAGCUAACCGGCUAACUACCUGAGGCGGCUGCUUUGAUGUGUGCUGUCCGGCGUCUCUGGAAACGUCCACUGUUCAUUAGCUGCAUGUUUUUCACCCUGACUUGACGUCGAUAUGGAGCUGUUUCAGGCGAAAGACCACUACAUUCUCCAGAGUGGAGACAACGCUCUGUGGUGCAGCAGGAAGGAUGGCUCCAUGUCUGUAAGACCCGCAACUGACUUGCUACUAGCUUGGAAUCCAAUAUGUUUGGGACUGGUGGAGGGCGUUAUUGGAAAAAUUCAACUUCAUGCUGAUUUUCCUCUGGGCCUGAUUCUGAUUCGCCAGAAAGCACUUGUGGGUUUAAUGCCGGGAGAACACAAGGUGUACAAGAUUACAAAAAUAACUGUUAUCCCACUCUCAGAUGAUGAACCCCAGGAUCUGGAAUUAGAGCUUUGUAAGAAACACCACUUUGGGAUCAACAAACCCGAGAAAAUUACUCAGUCUCCAGAUGAUUCCAAGUUCCUGAUGAAGACUCUGAGUCAAAUCAAGUCCAAUGUUGCUGUUCCCAUCAAGAAAAAGGUCAAAGAGAAUAAAGAAAAGGAGCGUUUGGAGAAGAGACUGCUUGAUGAGCUGUAUAAGAUAUUCAUGGACUCCGAUUCCUUUUACUACAGCCUCACUUAUGAUCUUACGAAUACUGUACAAAGACAGGGAGCCUCAGGCAAGUCUGAUCUGCCCCUAUGGAAACGGGUUGAUGACCGAUUCUUCUGGAAUAAACACAUGCUACAGGACCUAGUUAACCUACAGGUUCCUGAGGUGGACUUUUGGGUGGUUCCCAUAAUCCAAGGCUUUGUGCAGGUAGAGGAACUGGUGGUGAACUACAACGAGGGCUCAGAUGAGGAAAAAAGCAGCCCAGAGACACCACUGCACGAGCAACCCACCUGUGUGGACGACAUUCACCCACGCUUUACAGUGGCUCUCAUUUCCAGACGCAGCCGUCACCGUGCUGGCAUGCGCUACAAACGGAGGGGGGUGGAUGAAGAAGGACAUGUGGCCAACUAUGUGGAGACAGAGCAGCUGAUCCACGUGCAUAAUCACACGCUGUCAUUUGUGCAGAUACGAGGCUCUGUCCCAGUGUUUUGGAGCCAAGCUGGGUACCGCUACAAUCCCAGACCACGUCUAGAGAAAGGAGAAAAAGAAACCGUUCCCUAUUUCGCUUUGCACUUUGAGGAGCAAGUUAAAAUUUAUAAAAAACUGGUCGUGAUCAAUCUGGUCGACCAAAAUGGUCGUGAGAAGUUGAUUGGUGAUGCAUACAUUAAACAGGUGCUGCUCUUUAACAACCCCAACUUAACGUAUGUCUCAUUCGACUUUCAUGAGCACUGCCGAGGCAUGAAGUUUGAGAAUGUCCAAACACUCACAGACGCUAUCUCUGAAAUCAUCACAGACAUGCGAUGGGGAUGGGUGGACCAAGCAGGAGUCAUAUGUACACAAGAUGGCAUAUUUCGAAUUAACUGCAUGGACUGCCUGGACAGGACUAAUGUAGUUCAAGCGGCCAUUGCGCGGGUGGUCAUGGAAAAGCAGUUGAAGAAACUGGGGGUGAUGCCCCCGGAACAGCUGCUUCCCCUCAAAUGUUACAGGAUCUACCAGAUGAUGUGGGCCAACAAUGGAGACACUAUCAGCCGCCAGUACGCUGGCACAGCAGCUUUAAAGGGUGAUUUCACACGCACUGGAGAAAGGAAAUUAGCUGGUGUGAUGAAAGAUGGAGUGAACUCGGCCAAUCGCUACUAUUUAAAUCGAUUCCGUGAUGCAUACAGACAGUCUGUCAUCGAUCUCAUGAUGGGGCUCCCUGUGACGGAGGACUUGUAUUCUAUCUUCAGCAAAGAGAAAGAGCAUGAGGAGAAAGAAAAAGAGAGCCAGAGAGGAGCACAGGAACAGGUCAGCCUCCUCCUCCAGACGUACAUGCAGCUACUGCUGCUAGACGAUGAGAAGUUCCAUGGAGGCUGGGCCCUUAUUAACUGUGACCCCAGUUUGAUUGAUGCCACACACAAAGAUGUGGACGUUCUGUUACUGCUGUCCAACUGCGCAUAUUAUGUUGCUUACUAUGAUGAGGAGACAGAUAAAGUUAACCAGUACCAGCGUCUGGGUUUAGAAGGCUUGGAAAAAAUUGAAAUAGGCCCUGAGCCCACUCUCUUUGGCAAACCCAAAUACUCCUGCAUGCGACUGCAUUAUAAAAAUGGGGAGACUAGUGGCUAUUUCCACACUCUGAGAGCCGUCACGAGGAACCCAGAAGAUGAUGGAAAAGACACCCUGCAGUGUAUAGCAGAGAUGCUCCGCAUAACUAAACAAGCAAUGGGUCUUGACUUGCAAGUCAUUGAGAAGAAAUUAGAAAGGAAGCACAGCAAACCUCAUGAGGACAUCCAUGGUAUACAGGGAAAAGCCACUGAGCCAAUACUUGGCUCAGGCUUAGCUCAGGGCAAAAGUUUCUUCAUGAACAAAUUCUCAUCCUUAAAUCAGAAAGUAAAGCAGACAAAAACUAAUGUAAACAUUGGAAACUUCAAGCCUUUAGGCAGACUAGAGAUGAAAGUAAACUUCUUAAAGCCCAACAUGAGGGUAAACCUUUGGAAAUCAGACAGCAGUUUGGAGACUUCUGAUGGCAAUCCAGGCCCUGGAGCUAUGAAAGACCUUUGUAAUGACCGGUCAGAUCUAGAGAUCUCGGAUGACUCUGACUCCUAUAACUCAGAUGAGCAGCCUUGCUCAGGUUCCCUGGAGAAUGUUGACUAUGUUCUUCCCAGUUGUGGAAUUGUAGCAUCUGCACCUCGACUUUCCAGCCGAUCCCAGUCUAUUGGAAGUGUUGAAAUCGCUGUGCCCUCUAUUAUCCGUGUCACAAGUUGUGAGAACAAGUUAGGGGAUAGCUUGUCUGUUGAACCAAACUCUCAGUCCCCUGGCACAGCCUCAGAAGCAGAGGAGGCCAUCUUGAUUGACUUUGGAACACCAAUCGAUGCUUACUGCCACCAGUUUGUCCAGGAUGCCCAGACCAAACCAGUAGAAGUGUUCGAAGAACGCCCAGCCCUGCCACCAAACCCACAAGUAUCUGAGGGUCUCAAGGCUCCUCCAGCUUCAGGCUCAAAGCCAGAAACCUCAAAACCCCAGCAGCAGCAAAUUCCACGUCCAUCUCAGCUUGAUGUAGAUCCUUCCGCCUCAGGAGGAAAACUCCUCACUGUUCAGCCUCCAGGUUCUGCCGCAUCAUGUAGCUCCCAAAAAAGCCUUGGCUCCGUCGUGGAAGGGAGUCUAGGACCUUCUCCAGCAGACAGUAAUGGAAGCCGUGUGGUCUCCCCCUUUGCUAAGAUUAAGAGCUCUGUAGUGCAAGUGGCUAGCAUGACGCAGGCCGGACUUACUCAAGGUAUAAAUUUUGCUGUGGCGAAAGUUCAAAAAAGUCCAGAGCCUGAUGCUGUUAAUGAAACACAACAAAACGAAUUGCGAGCUAUGUUUACACAGUGCCAGACUAGGAUCAUUCAGAUAUAACAUAUAAACGUUUAUUUGGCCUCAUACAGAUGCAUUUUUAGUGCAGAAUGUGUCUAGCACAGUAGCAGUAGCAUAAGUUUGCACAAAAAUGUGUAUAGACAAUUAAUCCCAUAUUUCUGGUCCAGUUAAUGUAACUGAUGUUUACAGCCAGUGUUGUGUAGUGUAUAUAUAGUAUACCUAAGCUGAAACUGACUGUGCCCUUAUUCCAAGUAAAAUCCUUAACAUUAAUUCAUUGCUGGUAUUGCAUGUUGAGAAAUUUUAGGUAGAUUGGGGCAGGCAAAUUUGAUUGCAUGUCAAGAGUCCAGAUCUAGUUUAGUCACGUGUAACACCUGCUGUGCAGUUCUCUUCUUUGCAUCUGUUGUUGUAGCUUUAGCUGAAAUGUGUCAUUAAAACAGAAAACUAAGUCAGGCUCUAAUAUCUAUUUGAUGGGCAGCUCAGUAUUAGACAUUAGAAAAGGAGAAAUGUAAACAAAGCUCCAUAUAGUUAAAGAAAUACAUUUGUUGUGUUACAUGUCAAUAGAAAUAUAACAAUGUAGGACCAGAAGGAACUUCUGCUUUAUAAGCUUCGGUAAAAUAGUGUCCAGUAAAAUAUUCUGAGUCUUCAAAAUUAGGGAAUUCCAAUUCAUAUAUUUAGAUAAAAUACAUAUAUUUACAUAAAAUGUACCAGUUGUAAUUAUAGGAAAGUCACUUGAUGGGCAGUUUGUAGUUCUUACUAACAUUUCAUUUAAUUUUUGUUUUUUUAGCUGUUCAGUUUGAGACGUUGUAAAGGUACAAUAAGUAGAAGAUCCAUCAAAACUUGAAUGUUAAAUUAUUGGUAGUAAAUAAGUAAGAAGCAAAAACAUUAGAAGAAAUGCGCAGACUCAGGGGGAAGACUGCCUUCUCUUCAUCAUCCUCUGGAUUUUAAUGUAUAUUGUGCAAAAUACAUGAAAUGCUGAUUUUAUUUCUUAUGCUGCUGAAGAUGCUACAACUUGGAAACAAGAUGCAUAAGCAAAUUACUUAUAGUACCUUUAAUCUUGUGGGGAAAAUGUAUUUAAAAUUAUUUUCUAGAUUAUGCAAGUAACCUGCUUAGGUUUUUUCACCAGAAAUGCUGUCGGAUAAUGAUAGUGGUCAGUUUGUUAAAUUAUACUCGUUUAAAAAGUUUUAUUCAAACAGAACGGUUUAUUUACCGGAUGAACCUGCAUCAACUAAUUGCUUGACAAAUAUAUUUUGAUAUUCAAACAUAAUAAAUAAACAUUUCAAACUUCAGUUAUUUGUGUAUAAGGAUAAAUGAGUACAAAUAUGUGUAUAUAUGAUUACAUACAUGUCUUUACCUGCUUUAAGCUUUUAUUUGAUGCAGGUCAGGUGUAAAGGUCCCAGGCCAAACAUAAAACACUGUAAAAUGCUUUUUGCACUCAUAUUUAUAUCAAGUCUUAUCAUAUUAUUAGGUGCAGGUAUUUUUGACAGGUAUGACUAUAUUUAAUAUCAUUAUUCACUUGUAUUAAGGUUAUUUUGCUGCAUCUUGAGUGUAAUCAUUUGUGGUUUUGUCACAUCAAUAACAUGCUCGUUCUCAGGCUUGAUGUAUGACCAUUAGCACACAUGUAAUGAUUAUAAAGCAGCUGUUCAGUACUGUUUGAGUUAACCCUACCUGAAAUGCUCCACAUUUUAUCCUGCAUUUUUUUUCUGGGGAAUUUGAAUUUAAUUAAUGCAGUUAAUGACAUCAAUUAUGUACAUGUAUAUAAAUUUAAAGGGACACUCCAGCAAAAAGAAAAAAGAGAAGAAAUAAUUCAUGUAACCAUGGAUCUAUUUAUUCUAAAUAAAUCUCAUCUCUUUUAGUAGUGAUUUCUCUAACUCUCUAGACAAAAGAAACAAUAAGGUUUUCUGACACUAAUCAGAGCCAAGUAAAGUACAUAUAUUGUAUAUGUAAAAGGUGCAUUACAUUCUACCUGCUCUGCAAGCUUAAAAUGUAUUUCUACUGGUGGAAGUUUUUAUUUUUGACUUGUAUGGGUUUAAUCUAAACCUAAUAAAUAAUAAAAUACAAACCUAAAUAAUAUCGAUAUAGAAUAUUUUUUAACACAUUUUAUAUAACGAACCUGUUUGGAUUAUGUGCAUAAAAUCUCUAGCUAUUUACACACAUUAGACUCAUUAGAUUAAUGCGGCAAGAUCAUUUUUGUCGAGUUUGUCUGGUGGUAUAAAGAUGGAUGAUGACUGGUCCAAGGAACCCAAAUCUUGGCACGUUUUUUUUUUUUUUUUUUUUUAAACUCAUGAGGUAUUGAAUAUCUUUCUAUCUGACCCCACCCCUCAGAUCUGAGGAUCAAGUGUGACCCUGCUUGGCUCUGGUAGCCCUGAGGGUCUUCAAAACGGUUUUUCGAUCCGUGUAGGAGAGAGUUAUAUAACUCAUGUUCAUAUAAUACAUGGUCAUCUCAAGCCUGAGGGAGGAUGGAUGAGUCUUUUAUGAACUGCAUUAUUUGGUUUCGUUUGAUUAAUGGUUACGUUCUUCACAAAUACAUAUGCUGUUUUUAAUUACUGUAUGUUUUGAGAUGCAAAUUAGGUAUCAGCAUCAAGCCAGAAAAUGCAUUUCAACAAUAACUGUAGCAUCAUUCCGACUGUCUUAACAUAAACAUGCUGGUUAUAAUACAGAUUUGAUGUAUGUUGGUAGAUGGGAUUUGUUCAUAGGUUGAUUAAUUGUUUCUUAAGAAUUUGAGAUAGCAUGCACUGGACUUGAAUUUAUCUAGAAUGCAAUUCUAAUCAUUUAAAAUAUUAGUACAUGGCGGUGGUACAUAAAUGUAAAGCUAUUCAAAGAACAGUUCUCUGCAAGUAUACAUUCCUGGUGUUCCAUUUUCUAUGCAUAAACAAAUGCACCUUCCUCGUUUCCAUUCACAAUACGUCCUGACAGGACCAUACUUUUACAAAGUGCUUUGGACUCUAUGUAUAAUUUGCCAUUACCAUUUUGUCAUAUAACUGAAUUACUUUUUUUUUUCUUUUUUUUUUUUAAAAUCUUAAGCGAUAAUCAUUUAAACACCUUCAGCAUCAUCCUGUGUUUGUGUGACAAUGACUAUUUUCAUUCUGUCCCCAGAAUUGUAUUGCAUUGUAUAACAGCCUAUUUAUAAUGUUUAAUGGUUAUUCACUCUUAACCCCCUGUAUUUGAUAACACUUGUGUAAAACUGCUGUAUUUUAAAAUAUUGUUUGUCUUAUUUGGGAGGCUUUUUAAGUAAAUCAUUUAAAGCAAACUG